AUGGACAUCGACGUGCUUGGGUCCUACAACACAGUGAAGGCGACGUUGCCGUAUCUAGUCAAAAAUUCGUCUCGGCCAAGAUCGACAAUGCCUGGCGGCGCCUCGAGGCCCGUUGGCAAGAUCAUAUUCGUCUCCGCGACAAUGCAUUACAACGGGACACCUCUCCAGGCGCACGUUUGCGCGGCUAAGGCAGCUGUCGACUCUCUCGCUCACACCGUUUGUAUCGAGUACGGGCCCCUUGCCAUCACAAGCAAUGUUAUCAGUCCCGGCCCAGUUGCAGACACCGAGGCAACGAGCCGGCUAUUUACUGAUGGUCAACAAUCCUGCGUGAAGCAAAUACCAUCAGGUCGGCUCGGUUCAGUGAUAGAUAUUGCCGAUGCCACGAUCUAUCUCUUCAGCAAAGCUGGCGACUACGUCAACGGAGAAAUUCGAGUGGGUAGGUCUCUCGUAGCUGCGAUCUGCCUCGUCUCCAAGCUCUCAAAACGAAGGAACUUUUGCUAA